CUUCCCUCAUCCUCUAUAAGACGAGGUCGAGGUCAAUGUCCGUCCAAUUGCACUUUACCAUUAUCAUUCGCUCCGAGUUCUUGUCUCAGAUCAGACCGUCUUAUCCAUAUCACCAGCUGUUUGCCUACCCUCAAGCAAACCUUUCAAGUUGCCUCGUUCGCGAUAUAUACUUAAUAUCCACGGAUCAUCGCCACCUUCAAGUUUACUCAGAUCCGACCUAAAGUGCUAUUACAGUUACCGAUACGGCAAUGGCAUCCGACCGCACGUAUUGGGAUCCUGAUGAUAGCGAUGACGAAAUCAACAUCUCGAUGAUCCCAAAAGCACCAACUCCUAUUCAUCCUCCUUCUAAGGAAAGUAGUGACGCCCGCUGCCCAGUACUGACUGAUAGUCCUCGCUUGGCACCGUUACCAGGACCACCGGUGGGUGAGAGUACCGAAGCCUCAAACAUUUCACCACUGCGUACCCUUCCUGCAACUUCUGAUACUAUCAAUCCUAUAUGUCUGGCAUUCGGGGAUAUGUCUGAGAAGGGAACUACCUUUAUUCCUUGGAAGCUUGUGCGAGGUUAUCCUCGUAUGUACAUUGGGAUGAAGAAGAAAAACCAGCAACGGAUUAUCGAGGUCUUUAAGGAGGCUCUUUUGGAGGACCGUGACUGGGACGUCUUUGCACAAUGCGACCCCACGAUCUCAAAGAUGAGAAAUCUCCCGUUGGUAUUGGUUCCUACUAUCCAGUUUGAACAAUUUCUAAGUUCCAUCAAUAACCGUAUUGAUGAGGAGCUCAGUAUUCCCAAGGGGAGGGCCGGGGAGCUAUUCUUCCUCACAUUUGGCGAAUGGGAUACACCACGUCCUCGCUUCCUGGGCCGGGCUAAUAAUGCUAGUAGCAUCGAUAGACUUGAAACGCGUUCUCUUACGCUCCCAGCUAAUGACCUCAGCCAUCUAACCCAUGCUUGCUAUCAGAUGUAUCAAGAGAAAAUGGAUGAGAUAUAUAGUUCAUUGACUAACGCUAAGAACCAAAAGAAACGAGAGCGGGCUAUGAAAAAAAGACGUGAGAGAAACAAAGCUAGUGGACGUAUGCUCAAACGUGUACAGAGAUAUCUGGGUCUUCGCCAAGCUACGUCGCAUGUAUCACUCAAUAAACCACUUAGAUCUUGGAGUACCUCGCAGCCCGCCCCCUUCAAGGCCAGAGAAUCAGUUCGUUUUGUUUGCGUCGACAUCGAGGCAUACGAAAAAGAUGACAGAACUAUUACUGAAGUUGGGUUAGCAGUAUUAGAUACCGAGGAUCUUAUUGAUAUUCCACCUGGCGAGAAAGGCGAGAAUUGGUGUUCAUUAAUCCAACCCUACCACCUCAGAAUCCAAGAGCAUCGCUAUCUUGUCAAUUCCGAAUAUCUCCAAGGCUGCCCGGACGCUUUCAAUUUCGGCGAAUCCCAGUUUGUCCCACUCAAGGAAACCCACAAGGUUGUGGGUAAAAUCAUCGGCGACAAGGAGUCUGGAGAUCAACGGCCUGUUAUCAUUGUCGGACACGAAGUACAAGCAGAUUUAAAGUUUCUUUUGAAAAUAGGGUAUAAUCCUUGGUCUGAACCCUUAAUCGUCGAUGAAGUCGAUACUAGGGACUUAUUUCAACGCAUAAAACGCAGCACGGAUGUCCGUGGCCUAGAAACGAUGUGUACUGAACUGGGCAUCUUUGGCAAGAACUAUCAUAAUGGCGGAAACGAUGCGGUCUACACAUUGCAGGCGAUGAUUGCCAUGGCCAUUAAGCGGACAGUUGAGGGUUCGGGGAGAAAGGAGGUUUCCUCCACUCCAGGUACUGACGAGUGGAGUGAUGGAGAAAUGGAUGAUGGUGGGUGUGCUAAGAGAUCCAUGGCACCUGUCGAGACAACGCGCGCAUCCCACUCUGAAGAUGGAUCCCUGGAUGUGCAAUGGUAAAGGGCACCAACAUUCGUUGUUGAAUGAUGUCUCGUUUUACCAUCUAUUGUCUCCCUAGUGGUGUUGAUCUGCAGGGCUCAGGAGCCCUAUUCGGAAGGUAAAAAAAUAAGGGGCUGCCAUGAGGAUCGCAGGAUGGAUGUGUAUUUGGGGGUUAGUAUCGUUAUUUGAUAUGAGCCAGUACUGGAGAUAUACCUACCUAUGCUGUUUGCAUUAGGUAUCUAGCAUUCAAACCCAUUGUAGUAUCGAUAUCACAGCGCAAUUGA